GUAAGAAAAAAACGGAGGAAAAGAUCCCCACAAAUUUAAGACAAACAAAGCUUCUUUCUUUCAUCAAUGGCGACUCAUGGUCAAGCCAGUUUCUGGGCUCAGGCAAAUGCGUUACUCAGAAAGAACUUAACUUACCAGAGGAAAAACAUAUGGACGAAUGUUAGGCUAGUCCUGGUUCCACUCUUCCUUUGCUUAAUCCUCCUGGCGAUUCAGCUCUUGUUUGAUUCUCUGAUGAAUUCCGUCUCAGAUAAGUGUGGAACUAAUAAUGAUUUUCAAAGCACUGAUUGUCCCAUCCCAAACCCUCCAUUGUUGCCUCCGAUGUUAGCGAUUCCACAACCUAAAUCUCGUGCUGUUAAAGCUAAUUUUUUCCCUUACAAUGACCUUCCUCUAGAGUCUUGUAGAAAAACAGGAACUUGUCCUGUAACUAUACUUUUUACUGGGAGUAACCAUUCUUUUGGUAAAGCGUUAUCCGGGAACAUCUUUGGUGGUUCUUUCGCCGUGAAUACCUCCGACCUCUUGCCUAGUUUAGCCCAUAAUGUCUUGGCUGCGACACAAGAAACAGGGGAUAACAAUUAUGCAGAUCCAGCAAUUAGCAAGGAUUUUCCAGUCUACAAUAUCCAACCUCAGUGCAGUCCAAACUCUACAUGGCCACUCUCAUUUGGACAAACUAAGACAGCGGUGAAGUGUGUUCAAGGGUUGAGCCUCUGGAGAAAUACCUCUGCAGCGAUCAAUGAUGAGCUUUUCAAAGGCAGUUGGAGAGGAAAUCCUGAGCGGUUGACAAAUGAGAUUGCUGCAGCAUACGAUCUCUUGAGUACGGAUGGGAAGAACUUCAAUGUGACCAUCUGGUAUAACUCUACAAACACUGACGGUUCUUCAGGUCAACGUCUGGUCCGAGUUCCUCGCCUGAUCAGUCUGAUAUCAAAUGCUUAUCUAAAGUUUCUGAAAGGCCCCGGGACAAGUAUAUUAUUCCAGUUUGUCAAAGAAGUUCCUAGACACGGAUCUAAAUCCAAUACAGAUAUCGCAUCCUUGCUUGGCCCGCUUUUCUUCACAUGGGUCGUUCUUCUUUUGUUCCCCGUGAUCUUGACAUCGUUGGUGUAUGAGAAACAAGAGCGUCUAAGAAUUAUAAUGAAGAUGCACGGUUUAGGCGAUGGUCCAUACUGGAUGAUCUCCUACGCCUACUUUCUCACCAUAUCUUUUCUGUACGUUGUUUCGUUGGUCAUCUUCGGGUCAGCCAUUGGACUUAAGUACUUCCGUAUCAAUGACUAUAGCAUCCAGUUCGUUUUCUAUUUUAUCUUCAUCAAUCUGCAAAUCGCCUUCGCCUUUCUAGUUUCUUUAGUAUUCUCAAAGGUUAAGACUGUUACAGUUUUGGCUUACAUUUUGGUGUUUGGAAGUGGGCUCUUGGGAAGCUCCCUCUUCGAAGAGCUGCUUGAAAGUCCCUCAUUCCCUGAUAUAUGGAUCCUUGCCUUGGAGUUGUAUCCAGGCUUUGCCUUAUACCGCGGAUUGUAUGAGUUCUCGCAAUCUGCAUUCCGUGGAAACGGGAUGAAGUGGGAGAAUGUCAGCGAAGCCGGGAUGAAUAAACUGUUCAUCAUCAUGUCAGUGGAAUGGCUUGUGAUUCUCAUUGUCGCCUACCAAAUCGAUCAGGUUUCUUCAUCAGGGAGAAGCAUUUUCUUUUGCUUCAAGAAAUCUUCUUCCCUAUCAAGUCCUAGCACGCAGAGGCAAAGCUCUGACGACGGCGUCCUCAUUGACAUGGAAAAACCAGAUGUAGCUCAAGAGAGGGAAAAGGUUCAACAAUUGAGGAAGGAAGGUAGCACAGGGCACGCCAUCGUGUGUGACAACCUGAGGAAGGUGUAUCCAGGUACAGAUGGUAACCCUAAAAAACUAGCAGUAAGAGGGUUAUAUCUGGACGUGCCUUCAGGGGAAUGCUUUGGGAUGCUUGGACCCAAUGGUGCAGGGAAAACCUCUUUCAUCAAUAUGAUGACUGGCCUCCUGAAACCCACAUCUGGAACUGCGUUGGUUCAAGGUUUUGACAUAUGCAAGGAUAUGAACAAAGUUUACACGAGCAUGGGAGUAUGCCCGCAGCACGACUUGCUUUGGGAGACGCUGACAGGAAGGGAGCAUCUUUUGUUUUACGGGCGACUCAAGAAUAUCAAGGGCUCUGCUCUAACGCAAGCUGUGGAAGAGUCUCUCAAAAGCGUGAGCCUCUUCGAUGGAGGAGUAGCUGACAAACCUGCUGGAAAAUACAGCGGAGGUAUGAAAAGGCGACUUAGUGUGGCCAUUUCGCUUAUCGGGAACCCACAGGUGGUUUACAUGGAUGAGCCUAGCACUGGACUUGAUCCAGCCUCAAGAAACAACUUAUGGACCGUGAUCCAGCGUGCAAAACAAAACACAGCCAUCAUCCUCACAACUCACUCAAUGGAAGAAGCAGAGUUUCUCUGCGACCGAUUGGGGAUUUUUGUAGACGGAGGUUUGCAAUGCAUAGGAAACCCCAAGGAGCUCAAGGGAAGGUACGGUGGGUCGUAUGUCUUCACCAUGACGACCUCAUCAGAACACGAGGAGAAAGUAGAGAGAAUGGUUCAACAUAUUUCACCAAACGCCAAGAAAGUGUAUCAUCUUGCUGGAACGCAGAAGUUCGAGAUCCCAAAGCAAGAAGUCAUGAUUGCAGAUUUGUUUUCGAUGGUGGAGAAGGCCAAAAGCAAAUUCACUGUUUUCGCUUGGGGACUCGCUGACACAACUCUCGAAGACGUCUUCUUCAAGGUUGCUACUCAAGCCUUCAGUUCCUCCUAGUCCUAAUAUUCGUAUGAUAUGUUUCACCCUACCUUGGGUAUCACGCUAUUAAUAUUGAUUCAAGUUAGGGUUUCUCAUUGGCACCAUCUGUACCAACCGACCGGUCAGACUCGUAAAAUCUGCUACGGUUAGAUCUUAAAUCGAGAAAUAAUUAAAAUUCCGACAAAAUUUUUCAGUCCGACCAGUUC